UCCAGCCUCGCUUUCAUUUAUAGGCCUGGUAACUGAGCAGACAACUGUAAAAUGGUCAACUGUAAAUUUAGCAAGAAGAAACUUGGAACGUGUAUGACCUAUACUCCUGGCCCCGUCGGUUUCGUUUGAGCUCUCCAACCAAAGAGGGAAGCUUAGGCACGAGGUGGGAGAGGUUAAAUUCUGGCGUCGGUGCCGUCAUGAAGUUUCACGACAAUGUGAUUGGCUGGGAAGGAGUGUCUUGGUACCAGACUGCAGUAACUUCGCUGAGACAGCAGUAUCAAAAUUCUACUUGUGAAAAAAAGGGAAGGCUUUAAACAGCUUUCAAGCUCAAUCUAUUAUGUGCUUCUCCUGUGGUUUUUCCGAGUCCAAUGAAGCCAAUUCGUCGAGUAGCUGUGAAGCGAACUCAGAAAUCAAGAACUGCUCUGUACAUCCUGACUUUGGUGACCUUUAUGACUCUUGUUUCUCGCAAGUGGUCGUUGUUCGCGGCAAGACUAAAAUCCACAUCAAAGAAUGCGCUAUGUCUUGGGGUUGUGAAGAAUUGGAAGAAAUUUUAUGCGGCGGGAACAGCGUGGAGGAUUCGGAAAAUUCUUCUCCAGAAAACUGCAGGGUCGAGUGCUGUAAGGAAGAUUACUGCAACGAGAAUCUCCUCAACGAUGCGUCUGCAUUCAAUGGAAUUAACUUCAUGUCGAGCUCAUCGACCAUCAAAACUAUUUUGUUAUCAAGUUGCGUUGCUGUAUUCGACGUACUCGGUUUAUUAAUACUUUGGUGAGUGAGUUCUACAUAUACUCUGGCGAUAUAAACGGCCAAAGAACUUUACAGCGGAGUGUUUACAUCAGUGUGUUGGUAUAUAGCUUCGUGGAACCUUGAAUGAAGGUCUGGGCGAAGUUCACUCAGAUUAUUUUAAGGCUUUAUCUAAGCCAGUGAUCAUGAACUACGUUUUGUUUCCAAAAAGACUGAGUUUUGGGCCAGUGGUGUUUGUAAAUCCACUGUAGUUUCAACUAGCGCUGUCAUGCGCAUUUUCAGGGAGCUCAUGCCCUGUUUUAUGAUUGGUCAAUAGUAAAUAAUGAAUUCACGGCUAUAAGGUCUAUUAAUGGUGCCGUUGUGUUGUUUGAUCAAAAAGGUAAGAUGUAAUUUUAUAUUCGUUACACAGUUUUGACUUUUAAAGCGUCUAAAGGUUAUCAAAACGGCCUACUUCCUACUAACAAAGAGUUGCUUCUCCAGACGGAUAAUCGACUUAACAAAUUGAAACUCGGGAGUGCGCUUCGCACUGACGGUCAAACUAAAUCAAGACCUGACUUUGAGGACUGCGGAAAAGAAAUACCCAACUUAAGUAACAGUCAAAUUUCAGAGAGUGAAAGGAUUAAGCUACAGUUCAUCUGCCGGGUUUGUUUUAUACAUGUUAUAUUUACUGACAAAACAAGGAAACUCAAAUACAAAUUAAAAACGAAAACAGUAAAUUACUGCUGAGUUUAUUUUAUGUCUGUGAAGAGUAUUUUUAUGCUUUCCGCUCGAGGUUUUCUAAAUGGUGACACAUGGCAUACCCAUAGGGCUCUUGCUUCUCCUUCUUUCCUUCCUAUAUUCGCUUUUUCUCUCCCUUCCAUCUCCCCCCUAUCUCCCAACCCUCUAAAUAACCUUGUGACAUCAUAAACACAAUACCUUGACGUCAUUGGAGGGAUAAAAUUUAAAUUUGCUAUGAUUACCGGGACGUGAUUGAAUCCGUUACGUUCUAAUGACAAAUAAAGACGGCACUUGAGGUCACGAUCAGAGCUGCUAAUUAAGCCCUUGUUUAGUUUACAAACCGGCUUUGAAAGUAGUUUACUGGUCAAUGAAAUCGAACUGGCUCAAAUGAGCUCGAAAAUACACGCUAUGAGUACAAACAAAGACACGAAAAAUUAAACCGAACAAACCUUUUGAAAGUUGCGCACAAAGAGUUUAAUAGUUUAACCGGAUGUUUUUGACUCUGUACAGAUUAAAACUAACUGCGGCUACCCUACAGUAAGAACAGCGUUGAUUGCUUUAGAUUAGCGCUUUAACACUUCUGUCAUAGACUUGUGAUCUAUGUACGUGAGGAGCUGACAACGAGGUUUGAUUAACAAAUCCACGCCGCAGGUUGGGUCAACAUAAUUCCUUUAUACAGUUGGUUAGAUCACUGACCCAUGUAAAAGCGACCCGCUGCCGUCAUAAAGCUCACAUGUUGCGCGCUGUAUGCGAGAAAACCAUUACAAGGAUUAAAGUAAAAUAAACAGUCAACUGACUUGUGACACACCAAGAGCUCUGUGCGUCGGUUGAGAAUAGCAAGUUAUUCCUCGGAUUGGAGCCAACGAUCAUGAGCGCACAUUUGGCGAAACAAAGACGUCUAAAAUCCGUUGCGCUGAGCGCAAGUUUUGAUCGACAAUUCCGCGCCGACACCAUGAAUGCACGAGAAAAUGUGAAAUUGGAGAAACAGCAUCGCGACAUCGAGCUUUUAAAGAACAACGUCGAGAAGUCGCACAAAGCAGAAAAGAACCGAGUUAAGUCGCGAAUGCAGAACUUGCGGAAAACCGUUCUUUGCCGUACACCGUCGAGCGAGGGUAGCGGAACAUCUUCGGUGAGCACGAAAAUGUGCGAAGAAAGAGUUCAUCUUCCGAAAAUUUCAAGCCUGGAAAAUGACAGUAAACUACAGGCGAAAGAAAUAGACUUCAGCAAAUCAGUACCGGAUUUGCACUUGCUCUGCGCAGAAGACGUGCAGAAUAUGACUCACUUUCCUACAAUAACAGCUGCCCCUUAUAGCCCUCGGGGCACACGGAGAAUAUUGGUCCGAGAGCGUAACGACUCGGCUCGUGCAAGAACGCAAUCUCACAGCGCAGUAGAAGAUUUCAAUUCCAAUUUGAAGUGCCCACUUGAAUCUAACGGGAUGGUUAUCGACUAUGAAAAAGAGCAAUGCUACGAAAAAACUGUUUGUACCCGAAGAGCUCGGUUAGAUGUGGACUCUUUCCAGCCAUUCAACAGAUUGUCUUCGCGAAGGCGAAGCUUGAGCACCGGGGACAUAAGCUUAGCAGAGAGAGUUAACUCUUUUCUUGAAAGUAUUGAAAACCCUCGCCUGAUGGAGUCAUCAGACAGCUGGAGUGCUUCCAACUCAGAAGAUGAAAAGGAAAGCUCUUAGAGAUGAAGAAAUCUGUGCGACAUGGAACUUAACUCAUCACCACACAUGGUCGGUUAAGCUUAGUGUAGUGGAAAAUAAAAAAAGCGAGCUCUUUGUUAAUACUCAACUUAAAGUAAACGCGCAAGUAUUCCAAACUUUAACUUUGCUUACAUUUCACAGCUUUAUUUAUGUUAUACAGUACUAUCAGUUGUUCUUCUUUUUUUCCCCUUAAAAAACAUGUGUCGGUAACCUUUUGUCUAGCGCCGGAAAGAAAUCCACAUUCUUAAACAUUGCACGUUAGUGUUAAAUAAACAUUAGUGCCCCGGCUACAAAAUACCAAAGAAAGAAUUCUCUGAAAGCUUGUCGCUUUCAUGUCUAUGAAAAUAUGUAUCGGAGGAAACCUUCAUUUAACUGAGAUCCCUAAAACCUAAACAGUUUUAGGUUGAGGAUCAGAAAAAAAGGUAAUAAACUUGUUACUUUUAUUACA